UUAAAAGCACAAGAAAUCGCUGCAAAAACAAAAAUAUUUCAAUCAAACGUCAUUUGUGUUAUUUGUGUGUUUAUUUUUGUUUAUUGAAAUGAACCAAGAUGGAGAUAUUACAGCUAAAACUACUGAAAAAAGUCCGUCUCCAACAGUUUUGCCUCCAAUACAGCCAGAAUCGACCAAAACCCCUAAGAAAAAAAUUUCGGGAGACUUGACUGCAGCUUUUUUAUUACAUUCAAUAACACAACAGAAAAAACUUCCAGAAAAUAUGGCUCGGUUUAACACUGUACUACCAGAAAAGAAUAAAGAAACAGAAUCUCCUCAAGAUGAUGUAUCAAAACCUGACUCAACUUCUUUUGAUAACAUUUCUGUUCGAUCAGAUCGUCAACAACGUACCCGACCUUCUGUUAAUCAGCAAGACCGUCUCAAAUGUUUGGUAGACGAUCUCAAAGGUCAGAACAACUUUUAACAAGGAGUAAACAUGCACUUGAAGAUCUAGAUCCUCCUGCUAUUAUUAGAGCAAUGAAAGACCUUCAACGUAAAGUCCAGCAUUUGAAGAUUGAAAAUGAGGUUUUUUACAAAUUUUUGCAAGAAAAUGAUUCUGAGGCGGUUAAAGAAAUGGCGGAACUGCAGGAAAAAAGACGGAUCAAUGCUGACAGAUUACAAGCGGUGGCAGAGAGAAGAAGAGCUUCAUCGAGAGGUUCCGUCGUCUCAAUUACAAAUCUAGGAUUUGGAGUCUCUGGUCCAAGAGGAUCUAUUGCGUCUUUGCCCGGAAGACCUCGAGGCUCUGUAGCGUCUAUAUCAGGACGACCAAGAGCAUCAGUCGGGUCUUUUUCACACUUUGAUUCCGAUCUUUAUUCCGAUAAAGAAGCACCAAAAAUUAUUCUCGCACAAAAACUAGACAUGGUAAUGAAAUGCAUGGAAGAGUUUGAGAAACAUCUUGAAACCAUAAGAAAUCAUUCGAGAAAAGUAAAACGCACGUUACUUUCAAACAUCGAAGAAAUGGAAAUCAGAAACGAAGAAAUACGCGAAUCUAUUGAACACUUUGAAGAGUUGAAAAACUCCGGUCCAGUUACACUUGAAAAAUUUGUCCGAUUUUUUGACGAAUGGAUGAAAAAAUCUCGCUUGACUGGUGACAAAAUCAGAUUGAGACACAGUUCUCUCAAGGUGCAAUACCACAAAGCUGCAACUCUCCUAGCUAAUAAAAAACUAAUCGGAGAACAUGUGCAAGAAGUCGAUUUUGAUCAACUCAGAGUCGAGAAUCUUCACUUAAUUGAACAUAUCGAAAGCAAAAAUUUUCUUCUCAUGGAAAUGAAGAGAAUGACAGCUGAUGGCAAUUUGAAGUUAACUCAGUUGAAGAAAUUUCUGCAAGAGAAAGUGGCCAAAAAAGAAACGCUUGUUCAAAGUAUUAAGACGUUUGAGAUUGAUAUUAUGAAGUCAGACGACGAACUAGAGAAGCUUUACAGAGAGUUGGACCAAGUCAAGAGAAAAUAUGACCAGAGCAAAGAAAGAUCUGAACAUUAUUCUGCUCCCGAUGUUUUGGAGUAUAUUCGAAUGAAAGCUGAUGUCGAUAAUGCAAAAAAAGAGCUUAAAGUGUGGGAAAGACGAAAAAUGAUUAAAGAAUUGGCGUUGAGUAUUGCAGUAGCAGACAUGAAGAGAAUAUUUAGAUGUACUCGCACACAUCCUUCUUGGUUCAAAUAGGCGCUAAAUGUACAUUAUGUUAGUUUUUUUUAUUUUGUUUUUUAAAUAUAUAAAGUAUGAAAUUU